GGAGGAGGAGGAGAAGCAUCUCUGGGCAGGCGAAUUAUGCAUGCACUAAGCGAGCUCUGAGAGAAUGGCUGUGGAAGCUAUCCACUGCAGCCUCAGUCCAAAUGGUAUCGAUCUCUCUGUGUGUACUGAAGGAAUUAGCUUGCAACUCGAAGGUGAGAGAGUGGAAUCAUCCUCACUUAAGAAGGAAAACUCUAAGUUGCCUGAGUUGAAAGGAGCACUCCAAAGGCAGCCCCUGGAAUCAGAAGCAUCCAAGUUUCAUAUUGUGAAGCUGACAAAGCCGGUGGCCCUUUGGACCCAACAAGAUGUGUGCAAGUGGUUGAAGAAACAUUGCCCCAAUCAGUAUCAGAUCUACAGUGAGUCAUUCAAACAGCAUGACAUAACUGGCCGCGCAUUGCUCAGGCUUACAGACAAAAAGCUUGAGCGAAUGGGGAUUGCUCAGGAGAGCUUAAGGCAGCACAUUCUGCAGCAAGUCCUCCAGCUGAAAGUGAGAGAGGAAGUUCGAAACCUACAGCUACUCACACAAGCCUCGACAGAGAGUUCUCCAUAAACAUCACCAACCUCUAAAGCUGCUGUCCUGCCAGAUGAUCUAGAAGUGAACUUUUCCAUCUGAAAGAAUAAUAACAAUAAUAAUUUUUAAAAAGAAGCGUAAGAAAUGGUACUGCCAGAAGAAAACAGCCACCAAGAACUGGACCCAAAUCCAAUUCAUCUGGUUAACAGGAUAAGUUCUAAAUAGCCUCUGUUUUGCAGAUGGAAUUCAGCGUGGCAUAUAAUCAACAAUAUAACUCUUUCCACCUAAUGACUGGUGGAUUUUUUACACCGGAAAACUGCUUCCAGUUUCAUCACUGUGCGUAAACUUUAUAUUCCCAUUUGGGAACUCUCUGUGACCUUCACUAAAGUUCUGGGGUUUGGUUUAGUUUAGUUUAGUUUUGUUUUUAGCAUGGCAACCAAUGGAUUAUAUUAUAUAUGCAGAUUGCAUGAUGUUUUUAUGGGACAGGUAGUUCCAGUUCUGCACACCCAAGGGUUCACAGAUAUCCCUUUUCCCUAUCCCCUGAUAGGAAUGUAGAAAUAUUUUGUGUUAGUGAUACACUGAAUGAUAUUCUGUCUUACAGUAUCUGCAUUCCAUACAUGGUCUCCACACAGACAUUCUAGCAGAUUUGGUGUGUUAUGGGAAUGUUUCAGGUAUCCGCAUUGGGAUUAUACCUUGUGUGACUCACCAUG